AUGUGCUCUGUUGCACCGUUAGCUUCACACGGUACGGGAUGUCCUGUCGCCGCUUGUAUCGUGCGCUGCAAAAGACACCUUUCAGCUGUCGUGUGCCGCUUACGGAAGCUCAAAAGGUUGCGAAGUGGCCGCAACGUAACAACUUUCAACGCCAACUUUUACGAAGCGGUGGCUGAAGAGCGGCGCUACGGAGCAUUUACGGAUGGUGAACACUUUGACGACUGUACACUGCACCUGCGGCGGUGGAUGUUGCGUCGUGUGACGUGUGCACCGACUUUCGCUACCUCUGUUACGGGUAGUGUAGAAACGAAUGAAGUGCUAACAAUGUGGACAAAGUUGAGUGAUGGUGGAGUUGUGUGGAAUAUUUUGCAAAAAGAGCAGCAGUGUUACGCAGUGCACUUCAUAGGAGAGCUCUCAUCUGAUUUUGUUAAGGAGUUAUUUAAUUGUACCGUUGACGAAUAUCGCUCUGGUAGCCACAAUGGUGUUGUGUUGUGUAUUGUGCAGCAGUUGCGUGUGUACUCUGAAGCAUGUUGUAGACCGGAGGAUUUCCCACCACCUCUUUACGAGCUACGCGCUGCUGCCUUACGGACACAAGUUCUCCAUCAGUGUGGCAGUGCCGGCGCGUUUCCCACUUCUACAAAGUUGGGGAAACGGUCUGAGAAUGGGUCGGACUGCUUUACGUUCUCGGAGUUGUUCGCUGGCAUGGGUAUGUUUCGUGUUGGGCUCGAGCGAAUUGGUGGGAAGUGUGUCUUUGCGGUUGAGUGCGCACCUCACGCACGUAGUGUGUAUCACGCUAACCACCAUUUGCCAAGGCGUAAUAGUUGUGGAAAUGAGGCAUUACCAGCUACUCGUCGCCCUGUUCCACUCGUCGGCGAUAUCACCACUGUCCCUUCGCACUACUUCCCACACCACGAUGUGUUAACAGCUGGUUUUCCGUGCCAAAGUUUCGCCAAAGCAGGAUCCGCCACUGGUUUGCGCGAUACAAAAGGGCAACUUUUUUAUGAGGUCGUGCGAGUGAUACAAAGCGCCAAGCCAAAGGGGUUCCUACUGGAAAACGUAGAAAAUGUACUACAUGUUGGGGGUGAAGAUGGAGGCGAGGCCAACGCAAGCGAGGAAUCGCAACAUCACUUGAAGUUUAUACUUGACGCGUUGCGGUCACCUUCGCCGGACAGUAAUGAAGCGCUUACUUACGUCGUCGCGUAUCGGGUUAUUGAUGGUGCUCUUGUGACCCCGCAGAGACGAAGACGUGCCUAUUUUGUAGGAAUCAGAGCUGAUUUACCACGUGCAAACGCGAGGGAUGUUGGUGCUGUGCUUGACGAUGCUGUGCGACAGCUACGAGCAUACAGAGAUAUGCACCCGGAAGCACCACGUUGCGUGAGGGAUAUCCUUGAUUCCACGGGUGACACGAGCGAGAUGGGGGAGUUCAAUCAGUCUUUAGUAUCGCUGCGUCUCACGGAGUCACAGUGGGCAGCAGUUCAGCGCAGUGUAACUUUCCGCCGAUCCCCUUCGUGGCGCGUGUCUGAUCUCAACGGGUUGGCACGGACUCUCAUGGGAAGCUACCGCGCCAGCUAUCAACUCUACUCGGAGUUUGUUCCUCUGCCUGACGGUGGGCCGCCCUUUCGCUUUUACUCAAUUCGUGAAUGUGCCCGACUUCAGGGCAUUCCCGACUGGUUCUCCUUUAAUGUUGUCUGUUAUCCACUGUCUCUGGAGAAGUGCAACGGUAGGAGCGGUCCCUCUCAUGGAAGUGAUAAGGGCUGUGAAAGGUGUGUACCUGUGGGGGCGGUAUACAAACUAAUUGGAAAUGCAGUGAAUCCCAUUGUUGUUGAGUGCUUGGGUCGUGCACUUUUAAGUCGUAUCCUUAAGUAA